GAGGGUGAAGACGCUGGGCGACGAGCACGUCACGCUGAGGCUGCUGGAGGUGGAGCUUCCGCUUGAUCCUUUACGGUCAUUACAAGAACAUGCUUUUUAUCUCCAAUAUAAUGAUAUGGAAAACAAACCCGGCAGCACGGAGAGCAUGGAGGUCAUUAAUGUUGAGGCUGAAUUCUGCCACCGCCGGCUUGUCUUCUGGCCCUGGUUCUUGGGAUAGGUCUGACGGACACUCUUGUGUUUCUGCUGAAAAGCCUCCUCACAUGCCUGUCAUGCUUAAAGAAGUGCUUCAUUACUUAGACAUCCAGGCUGCUCAGGGAACUCCUCAGCAUCAGUGCGGUAGAAGAGGUGUCUUUGGACUCUUUGAAGUGGUCCUGGACAUGACAUUUGGAGGUGGUGGUCAUACCAAAGCAUUACUGAACACAGUUCCUGAAGUCACUGUCCUGGCCUUAGACCGUGACCCCACAGCUAUUUCUCUGGCCCAGCAGCUGGCCAAAGAGCACUCUGGUCGUGUGAAACCGCUGCUCGGCCGGUUCAGUGAGCUUGAAGGCUUGCUGUCUAACAUGAACAUUAAGUCAGGCAGCAUUGAUGCUGUCCUGUUGGAUGCAGGCAGCUCCUCCAUGCAGAUGGAUCAGGCAGAGAGAGGCUUCUCCCUCAGCAAGGAUGGACCUUUGGAUAUGAGAAUGGACGGAGAGAGGUACCCUGACAUGCCCUGCGCUGCUGACGUUGUGAAUACCUUAGAUCAACAGGCUCUUGCAUCUAUCCUCACUGCAUAUGGGGAAGAAAGACACGCCAGGAAAAUAGCUUCAGCCAUUGUGGAAGCGCGCCGUGUCAACCCCAUCACCCGGACACAGCAGCUGGCCAGCGUGGUUGCAGGAGCUUUUCCUCCCAGCGUUCUCUACGCACGUAAAGACCGUCUUCAACGCCGUGCCCACAUUGCAACUAAGACGUUCCAGGCCCUGCGGAUCUUUGUGAACGACGAGUUGAAUGAAUUGCACAAGGGGCUCUGCGUGGCCCAGUCCGCCCUGAAACCCGGAGGAAGGCUCUGCGUGAUCACUUUUCAUUCGUUGGAGGACAGACUGGUCAAACGUUUCCUGCAGGGGCACGACUUGUCUAACUUGGAUCGAUACCACUUUAGCCAAAACAAGCAAUGUAGCAGAAAGAAAAAACUGGUGGAUGAGAACAGUGAAUGUAACAAAAGUUCUUACUGGUUUCCUGUAAAAAGAAAAGUGGUCAGUCCAGAAAAAGACGACGUGAGAGAGAAUCCUCGUGGACGAUCUGCUAAACUCCGGAUAGCUCUACGGAGGUAGCUUUCGAAUGAUCAUGGGAAAAAAAAUUGUAUUUCAUAAUGAACAUGUCAUUUUUUUUUACUGUGAACACAACACUGCACACAUAUCUGAGUUUGUUGCCUAGUGAAGCAGUGAAGUGGUUUGUCUUUGAACUGAAAUGUGUAACAGCUUUCGGACCAUUUGGUAACAGAAAAAAAGGUGACAGUAUCUGAGCUUUUGCAUCAAGUGAGAAUUAAUGCCAGGCAACAACAUGCCUCAUCUUUGCAAUCUAGUUUUUUAAGAAAAGGAAUAAAAACCAAAACCUGAUCCUUGUAAAAUUCCUUCAAAGAUAUUUCCCAGUCUGUUCAUUGUGUCUUUAUAUUUAUUUGAUACAAACAUUAUCAUGUUAAGCUUCACAGCAGACUUUUUGCAGAAGAUGUAUGUAUUAGAGUGCAUCACUUUGCACGUCUGCAGUGGCGUUAUUAGUGAACAGCAGAAACAGUGUUUUAGCAAAGACUACCUAAAAAAGUCAUAAGUCCAAAGCUGAUGAGCAUUUCUGCUGCAACAGAUCAGUACUUUUCAAUAGUGUUACAAACUAUUGAAUUUUGUUUUCAUAAACACAAGUUGGCAAUCUUAAAAGACACAAUAAUCGUAAUAAACAUCACAAACUCCAUUUUUAAAAUUAGUCAGAAUUUACAAUGUUACUGUUGACACUGAAGUUAAGAAGCAGUAAGCUUGUGUCAUUAAACUAUUUCUCAUUUGACUUUUUUUAAUUGAUAACACACAAUUUUAUCAAAACAUUAAUUUUCUCUUCACUCUAAAUUUCUAAACAUGGAGGCUUCAACAUUUUAGUUUGUUGGUCUUCACAAAUCUGUUUCCUGCUACCAAUGAAAUCUUUAGUUUCGUGUGUGUGGCCCAGCAGAGAGCUGCGUUGCAAUGCUUUUUUAUAUUAUUUGUCUGAUAUUCAUUUGUGGAAACAGAGGUAGCUUUUGCAAACCAAGCAGUUUAUUUUGGAAAAGAUUUGGUUGAGGGAAAACAACCGAAUGCCAUUUUUGUUUUUGCAGUAGAUGAUUUGGUCAUAAUGCUGCCAAAUUGACAGAUUUUUGUCAUCAUCCUGGUUUGAUUUCAUUCAUUAAUUACUUUUCAUAUUUAAGUAAAAGUUCUUAAACUCUGUUCAAAUGUGUCUUUUGAAAGCAUUCUUUUUGUCUGAGACUGAUUUUGACUUGAGCAUCAUGUUUUAAAGUUGUUUUCUACUUCAAGACAGCAAAAACGUAUGACUUCCAGGCUUUUUGGUGUAGGUGAGCCCAACAGUUUAUUCGUCUGAACAAUAUGAACAAAAUUGAGGAUGUUGCCAGUUUCUGUUGUUUGUUUUCUAUUGAUUUUUUUAUUGUUUGUAAUAUCUUUAAAAGGUCCUGAGAAAAGCCAAAAAGGAGAUUUUACAAUAUAUCAGCAGACUUUUUCUGCUAUGUCCUUAAACUGUCAUUAUAAUAAUUGUCAAAUAAGGAUUUGGUUGUUGUUUCUUCUACCUAAUAGCUCAAAAUAAAAAUGCCAAAAAGCUAUCUCAUUGUCCAGAUUACAAUUGUGCAUGUUUACAAGUUCAAGCUACGUAUGAUGACACCUGAAGUUGUUGCUGCCCAGAAGCUUAAUAUGUAAAACCAGCACAGAAAUACUUUUUUUUUUUUUUCAUUGACGUCUGUAUUUUCCCUGAACCUCCCUUGAUGAGUAGCUCAAGUGCAACCUCUACUGCACCAUAUGAAUCAGUAAUGCCACUAAAUACUGAAUGACGCAAGUGUCAGAAGUGGAGCUGAAUGAGCUGGGUGGUUGUUCUUGAGCAUUCUCUCACCUUCAACUGUAAGCAGAUGAGGUGUUUUGAUCUUUACUAUUUAACUUUGACUAAUUGUAAUUGCUUCAUCAAGAUUAUUAACACGUUUUUCUUUUUUCUCAGUUUUGUGCUCUCUAAAUAUACCCUUGCAGUUACCUUGGAAACUAAGUGGUGCAAGUAAUACUCAAGUGCAUCUAAAUUUAUAUCCUGUUGUUUAAUCUACUUUGAAAUGAAGCUGUAUGGGGAGUUUUCUACGCCCCUUCCCGGUGACAUCGGUGGAUGUAAAACUCGGGACACGUCAGGACAUUUGAUCUUUUUCUUUCUUCAGAAGUAGAGCGUUUGCUGAGCUUCAAAAAGCUGUGAGGAUGAAGCUCUAUAACGGACACAAUGGCUACAACAAACAAGAAUUCAUCCUUCAACCACUUUCAGUAUAUUAUGAAAAGUGUAACUUUCAAAAUCCAGGUUUCCACAGCAGGUAAUGAUUUCGGUGUUGAUCCUUUUUGCUAAGGGCCUCUGUCUACAGACAUAGAAAUGUUAAUUGGGUUUCAAUCAAGAUUUAGUAUUCCCCACACUGACAAAAGUAGCAAUAUUCCUGUUUUAAUACCCAUUAUCUCAUGGUGUAAAACCCCACAAUGAAGCUGUUAAGUAUUAUCAGGACAAAGAUGAGACAAGCUGAAGGUUGCUAAAAGCAGCCUGUGAUUCCCAAACCCCCUCCGCACCACUAUGAACCACACACCUCCAUGCAACAUCACAUUGAUGCAGCAAUUAAUGCAAAAUGAGCUUCAACAGUGUAUUAUGUAAAAACUAUACAGUACAUGAACUUAUACAUAGGACAUUAACACCUAUUUAUUUUUUUCUUACUUUGAAAACGUUUAUUUUGGGGCAUCUGUUACCUAUAAGCAAUAAUAACCAAUAUGCAUCUAAAAUAAGUAAUUGUGUAGAAAAUAUAUCUUUAUACCAUAAUUUUCACCUUUUUGAUGUAAUUACAGAAAUGAUGUUCACCUAGAUGCACCUGUACAUCUGCUCAAAAUGUUAAAUGCCAAGACACAGAACUGCGAAUCGGUCUCGAUUCAUCCUUCAUUUCUUCAUUUGUUUCCUCAGUGCAGCUGAACAUUCUUCCAGUUUUGAAACUGGCCUUGGUUGUUAAAUCUGCAGGCUUUCUGAUGGCAUUUCAAAAAUGUUUUGGAGGACUUUAGUUGAAUUAUUUGAUUUACAUUAUGUCCAGUUCUUGGUCAUGACCGCAGCACAAUGUUAUGCUGUGUGGUGUGGAUCAUACUUUAGGUUUUCUUUUUUUUAUGCCAGUUAUUCAGCAAGAACCUCUAUGAGAAUCCCUCUGAAUUUCCUUUUUUGUGUGUGUGGGAUCAACUAAAAAAAAAAAAAAAACAUAACAUUGUGAAAUUACAGUAUGUUCAACUGCAGAAAACAAAUUUAUUUGUGAUUUAGUUUUAUGUAGUUUACGACUCUGAAUACAAACUGUCCUCUAUAUUUACUCGAGUUAUACGCAUAAGACACCUAUCAAUCACAAUGCAAGAUUGUUUUGUUGCAUUUAGAGCCCCUGGGAAAUAAGAGGUCCAUUAUGUAUUUUUUUGUAAAGCCAAUUUUUAUCUUUAAAGUAAAUUCAGAAUAAAAAUGUAGAUAUCCUUCAAAGAAGCACUACAAUGUUUGAUUUUUAGCAAAUAGAAAUGACUUCACUUAGCUAAUUCUAAUUAACUUAAAACAAGGAAAAUUGCUUUGAUUCAAUGUCAGACAGUGACAUAUAAGAGAUAUGUGUCUUCUUAUUUAGUGUAUUUAAACAUCUUGUUUCAACAUUAUUUAUCAGGGUGAAAUGACCCCAAACUCUGCAUAAAUAAAGACAAAAUGUUUGUGUGGCCUCUUAUGUCCAUUACUACUAUGUACAGUGCCUUGCAAAAUUAUUCAGAGCUUUUGAACAUGACAAUAGGGCAAACCUCUUUCAAAAUGCAGAGUCAGAGUAAUGAUGUUCUUAUCAUGCCCACCUGAUGUGAUACGUUUGGGUUUGAUUUAAGCCAUUUUAAGUAAGAACAAAUGAAGAGGUGUCCUUAUUGAUUCUUCACCAGAAAUUGCAUUUUUGUAUUCCAUUUUAUAAAUAUUUCUUAAAAUGUCCUUUCUUCCGUUUUGUUAGGUUAUAUUACUUAUUUUUUUCAGUAUUUGUAGAAAUGUAUGUGUUGAUGUGUCUGUUAAAACGUUAUACAGCCACACAUGCCUCCCAUGAGUGUCUAAGUCAACUUCUGAAGGCUGGAGCGCUCUUAAGAAACAAGCAAGGUCACAAACAUAGCUUAUGUCAAAUAUUUAAUUUAAAUCCUAUAACAGCUGCUGUUGUGAACAGUACGUUUUGGCAUGUAGGUGAUUAAAAAUGCUGUUUGCAACCAAAUUUUAUUAUUUCAGACAGCUGGCACAAAUCUGUCUCAGGUGAUGACAGCGAAAUCCAGCUUGUUAUGAGCUGACACUCGAGAGCCAGCAUAUGUGCAUUAAUGCGCAUGACAAACGUAAUUUGUACCAUCUGGAAAGGGACUAUUUGAGGCAAUGAAGAUGCAUUUCUAAGUUGCAUAUUUUGCUCUUAUUUCAGUAGCACAAUGUCACACGCCUCACUGUAUGUUUUGCAAAAAGCCGAUCACUGCAGUUCAAAUGUAGGAAUACUAAACUAUUUGUAAAUUAACUUUGUUAAUUCUGCUGUUCGAUCAGUUUUGCUAGUUGUUUGUCUUUAGUUUCCUUUUGAAGUUCACUUCCAGAUUCAAUGUUAAGAAAAAAGUUAGGCACCCUGGAGGAGUAAUUUGAUGUCGAUCUAAUGUGUUUUGCACGCAGUGAAGGGAAAAUAAAUGACUUGAUUUGUGUCACUUCACGUGACACAAAAGGGAAGGGCCAGUAACAUAUGAGUGAAGUAAUAUUUUUACAGGAAGUUGCUGGAUCAUCAGACAGUAAGUCAAAAAAAACAACAACAAAAAAAACAAGCCACUACACACAGCGGAUGCCUUGCUAAUGCAUCAAAUGGCAUUAUAAGCUCUAAAUGAAGCUUGAUUGCGGUACCAUUUGCAGUGGGGAAAAAUAGACAUCAUUUCAAGGAAAUGUAUGCUCAUUAUGCCUGGCUCCUUAGUCUCUUUUGUUUUGGUGUACAAUCUGGUUGUUCUACCUAGAUGCAAUGAUUUGCUCGUGACCAAAGCACGCCCAUGUGUGUAUCAAGUUUCUGAGUUGAAAUAAAAUCCUCUUUUUUCUCUUUGUAUUAAAACCACUUUUGCGUACAAAUCACCGGGAGUUGUUGCUUGAUGAAGAAGAUGAUAACUGAGAUUCUUACCCUCAGUUUGUUCCAGCAUAAUCAUCUAUUACUGUGAUUCUCAGUCACCAUGGAAACAGAUAAGGGAGAGAUAACAGUAAAUAAAAUGUAAGGUGAUGCUAUUAUUACAUCCUCAUUUCAAUCCAUAAAUUGACUACAUGUAACAAAACUAUUAGCAGCUGUUGCAAAAUCACGUUUUUGAAAUGCACCGAGCCUCUUAUGUCUCCAAUCUUCAUGUAUCAUAGAGAAUAAAGUCAAUUUUCAGCCUCUUCUUGCUGUACGGGGAACAUAGGACAGUGUUGCUUUGUGCUAUUUGUCACGUUAAUGUAGAUAUUUGCAUCGCACACGAGAGCAAAACGGGAUUUUUCCCCCCUUUAGACCGAUUAUGUGAGGUUGGCCACAAAAAGGUUAUAAAUGAGGCUAAUAUUAAAUGGAAGGCUGUACUUCAACCCAUCUUCUAAAUGUGUCAAAUUAUGCAGUUUGCUCAAGAGUAGUUACUAAAAUUGUAUGGAAAUUGUUUUUGAAAUUACUUACUUUGAGAGAGAUAAUCAAAUCUCUUAUAAUUUGUUUGAUGCUACAUGUGAUGAAGCCAUUGUUCGUUCAUGAAGAACAACAAACUGAAGUGAUCCAUAAUGAGUUUAUUUACCCUCCUGAUCAGGACACAGCUUCAUGUUUUUACAUCUUCUUAUUUUUGUCCAUAAUGCCAUCACUUUAAGAGAUGUUUGCAAAAAUCUGUGGCAGCUUACCAUACUCCAAAUAAUAUGAAUAAAUAAAAUAUUAUGUAAUAUAAUAAUGUGACAUUUUUUUUUACCUUCUAAAUUUUCUUUAUCUAGUGAAUCAAUCAAAUGUUUGAAGGCUCACGGGGGGAGAUGGGAUGUUUUUAAACAAGAUACCUGAUUUGCAAAUAGGUAUUGUUAUGGGUAUUAUACAAUUUUGUGUUGGAUUUAUAUUUAAUCUUCGCUUGUUUACCUGUUUAAAUUGUCAGUUGUUAACUUCAAAUCCAAACAAUUUUACCUUUUGUCAGUAUACUUAUUUUGCGGUUCAAUAAUUUUAUGGCCAACUAUAACAAUAAAUCAGUAUUCAGCUCGUUAAUGAUUUACUAGUAAUACCAUGGGUGAUGGUUUCACACGGAAUAAUCAGUAAAUAAACAACAAUUUCAUUUUGCCAGCUAACUGUCUGUCUGUUCCUUUGAUUAGUUUUCUUCCUAGCACAAGCCAAUUCUUAGAACUGCAACCAUUUUAUGACUCAGAAAAAAGUGUCACCUCGAUUUUAUCGUAUGUUACAGAUGCCUCUCAAGGUUUUAUUACAUUAAAAAUGUUAGCUAGGGAAAUAACCUGAAUAUUUUCAAAAAUGAUUAGCAAGCUCUCAAAAAUGUUUUGAACAAAUCUGCAAUAAAAGCCAAAGUAAGCUAUUACUGAGUAACACUUAGUGAGCUGGAGUCCUGUCACAGGUACCUGCAAUUAAUGCUGAACAUUACUGUGCGAUACAGUUCAUUUUACUAUAAUGUGCCACAAAGCUAGGUAAGGAGAAGCUUCAAAGCGAGCCAUUUUGAAGUAGGCAUAAUUAAAGGGGAUCAAGCUAAACAAAUGAAAUUAUAUAAUGACUCUCAGAUAAAAUUAGUUUGCCGUGACUAAAACGAAUAAAACCCCGGCAGUCAAUAAGGCGGUAAAAGUAACAAUCCUCCAGCUAUGUGCAUUGGGAUUUUACAUGUUUGAGGUUUGACUGAAAUGUUUUUAGACCUUUUAAAGUUAAUUUCAUUUGAAGCAUCACAUUAACAGUGGCCAGCAGGCUCCUAAUUUUUCAGUAACUGCUACAGAUCUUAAUCUAAUUGACGUUGGGAUUCAAGUUACCAUCUUAUGGGCAGAAAAAAAUCAGCUCGGGCUAAAAUGCAUUUUUCAGUAGAGCUCUAGCUUCAUUACUAUAAUAUUCUCCAAACUGGAAGUAGAUGAUAAGGACUGGUACUUUCAUCAAGCGGCUACUGGCCCAUGCAAUAACAAUAUGACAACCAAAAAUCACGUGACAUUUUCUGUUUUGUUACAAUCCUAUUAAUCUGCAUAAAGUCCUUAACUGCAUCUCUUUGUGGUUGCACCCCCUGUCAACUGGGACUCCAGUUGUAUUUUCGCUUUCUUUGUUAUUCGGCACAGUCACUGUAUGCUAUUUAGAAAUGAUUAAAAUAGAUUUGUAUGACACAGCUGUUUAGAGAGUAAAACUCAAAAAGAUAACCGGAGGAGAUUUAAUAUAACGAGACAAAACAAAAAGGCAGCUGGGUGGAGAGAAAUGUCUAGUGGGCUAAAGGAUGAGGCAGCGUUUCAACACUCGCAAAAUGAAUGACGACGCAUAUCCUCUGGAUAUUCAUCCUGCCCUGACGGUAGUAUUCUGUUAUUUCUCCACUUGUGGCAGACAGAAGGGAGUGAAGCGCUGUGACCAUUAACUCUAAGUGUAAAGAAAGAGACAUGCGUCAUUCUGUGACUCUCCCUCUGACAGACAGAAAAGCGUUUGAAUUUCAGAAAACAGAAAGCUCAUUCAGGCCACAUCUUCCCUCCCUCUCCAGCCACCUGCUCAUCUCAGCUUCUCCAGCUGCUAUAAAGGGAUCUUUCACAGCAAUACGCAGAGUUUGGAGCCGUUUGAAUAUUGUUUGCGAGACCUGCAGGUCUCAUGGGUAGCUUAUUGCAGUGUAAAAAAAAAAA